AUGCCAAGUUUGAAAACUUUCCUUUACAUCUACUUGUUUGGUGGUGUCACAUUUAUUCCAUUACUUCUAGUGUCUGCGUACUACCUUUAUGUCCAAUUACAAAAAUUAGAAAAUAAAGGCAAAGCUACCACGGCAUCUUCAAAAGAUAACGACAGUCUCUUAUUAGUAUCUGAUAUUGAUCCUGAUUUUAAAGCUGGCGCCUUAGAAGAUGAAAAGGGUGUAAAAGUAUUCAAGAGAGGUUGGAUUACUGUGACAAACCAAUACUAUUUACAUGCUUCUGAAUUGGCCACCUCAAACAAUGAUGAUGCCACCACCACUACAUCAGUAUCUUCUUCAACGGCAACUGCUGCGAACAAUAAAGUGAACGAAACUCAAUUGCUCUCAAGGGCACAAUUGAAAAAGAAACAUAAAUUUUAUGCAGUCUUGAAACAUGGGAAUUUAUUUCUUUACAAAGAUGAUGAACCAAAGAGUAAUUUAAUUCAUGCCAUAGCAUUGGUAGGUACGUUCGUAACAAUUUGGCCUCGUGAUCCAAAGCAAGAAAUGUUAGAUGCUUCAUUAUUCACCAAGAAAACAUGUAUAGCAUUAUUUAAGAAUAAUAUAGCCGCAUUUUCUCCCCAAGAAAACACUUUACAAUUUAAGGCAAUAAAUUCAACUCCAACUUCAACACCUACAGCUGAUCAAUUUUAUCUGUAUUUUGAAAAUAAUUCUGAUAAAGAAGAUUGGUAUUUCCAAUUGAUUAAUGCAACGAAAAUGUCGGCUGUGCCACCUCCAUUAUCAUCUGAAAAUAAACCUAUCGAUUUAACCACAACUACCAUGCAUUCUUUAUUGAAUCCAAGCAUUUCGGCUGAUCCGGCUCAUUUGAAAACUAGAGAUUCUCUAUAUCUAAUUCAAACUUUGCAUUCCACUGAGGGUCAAUUGACUACUAAAUGGUUUAACGCUUUAAUCGGUAGAUUAUUUUUAUCCCUCCAGAGAACUGAUUCAUUAAAUAAAGCACUUUUAGAGAAAAUAGACAAAAAAUUAACAAAGAUAAAUAAGCCUGGAUUUCUAGAUGAUUUCGUUAUUGAACAAGUUGACGUGGGGACAAGUGCACCAUUCGUAACCAAUCCAUCCUUACGUGAAAUUUCCACAGAGGGGUUAACUAAAAUUGCGUUCGAUUUACAAUACAGAGGUAAUUUAUCCAUUAUCAUUUCCACUAAAGUUAACAUUAACUUGGGUUCCAGAUUUAAGACAAGAGAGGUUUCUUUGAAAUUAUCUAUCAAAGUGAAAGAAAUAUCUGGUCCUAUGCUGGUAUUGAUCAAACCACCUCCCUCAAAUAGAAUCUGGUACGCAUUUGAAACUGAACCUAUAAUGGAUUUGGAAAUUGAACCUGUUGUUAGUUCAAGUAAGUUGAAUUAUAACAUGAUUACAAACGUUAUUAAGGGGAAAUUUGCUGAAGCCAUUAAAGAAUCUCUAGUUGUACCAUUCAUGGAUGAUUUAGUGUUUUUCGAUACCGGAGAUGAAAUCUUUAGAGGUGGGAUUUGGGAAAAACACAUAGUCUCCACGUGGAAUCCUGACGAUAAGAAAAUACAAUCUCCUUCAAGGGAAAAUACAAAAAACUCAUAUGACACCACUACGUCACAUGAGAAAAAGGAUGAAGAAAUAGAUGAAAAAGAUAUAGAUUCCGAAUCUCAACUUUCAGGAAAGAAUCAUUCUGCUGUGGAAUCAUUAAGAAAAUCAUUGGAUACUCGUGAUUCACAUCUUAAAGCAAAUAUUAAGAAAGUUUUAAGACAUAAUUCUACGAGAGAUCUUGAUGGCACUCCUAACAGUACUUCAGUAAGUGAAUCUCACUCGAUAACAAGCGAACAGGAAACUACUCCUGUCACUGGAACAAAAUCAAAACAGUAUAUCAAGACUUCUUUCAAAAAAAUUGGAAAAUGGUACAGUGAAAAAGUUAAUAAUUUGAAUGAAGAUGACAAUAAUGAGCAAUCAAAUCUCAUAACUGAAAAUGACUCUACAAGUCAAAGUGAAGCAAAUACUAAACUACAAACUCCUAAAAUGAUUUCUAAUAGAAGACGGGUCCCCCCAAAACCAGCCGUUCCACCUUAUCAGCCACCAACUACGGAUAAUACUGAUAUUACUAAUUCUAGCCAAACUGUACCUAAGAUAGGAGAACCUUCUACUACCACUAGAUUACCUUCAUCGUCUUCAACAGCAUCAGAUAUGGUUGGUCAGCAGCAUGGUGGCCCUAACAAAUCGAUCGAUUCAACUUCAAUUACUACAUCACCAGUAAUCAACGCAACAGAAAUGUUUGCUAACAAGGAACAAUCCUUUGACAAAAAAAAUCCAGGCAUUGAUCCAUAUCAUCAUACUAAAAUGAAUUUUGCUUCGGUCAAUACGACAAGUAAUUUCUCUACGAAGAUAAAGUCACAUCCACCAAAUUUGUCAACUAGUCAUACACAACCAAAUUUAAACCAUGCUGAAGGGUUUGUUAAGACAAAUAUUUCUAGUGAGAUUCCUCAAAAUUUGUUCGAUAGGGAAGAACUAGAUGAUUCAAAUUAA